ACAUGCCAUGCCACACACUUUGAUCUGCUGACGACGUCUCUUCUAGCUUCAUCCCUUAGUUUUCGCCUUUCAUUGUUCUGUCUUCCAUCCACCAUUAACACAUCAUUUUCGUUUCUUUUCUCCUCCGAGCGAGCCUCUCUUCUAUUUACUUUGUUCAUUGCCUCCCCGCCUCCACCCGCUACCCAACGACGUUGUUCUGGUAGCUUCGACGUAACGUUUCGUUUCAAUUCAACGGCUUCUUCUCAAUUUGAUGGCGACGACCGACGCGAUACCUCCAGAGCAUGACCGUCAAGGUCAACGCAGGAGACCGUUUUCGACAUGGGUUAAGAAACUCACCAACUUUAAAUCAUCCGAUGGUGAACGCCAAAAGAGACACAAGAAACGCAGUCACAAGAAGAACAACCCUUACCCGGAAUCUGGACAGGUCGGCAACGGUGUAACCAACGGAACGAGUGCAUGCACUUUCACCACUACACAGACGGGUACAAGCAAUACCAGUGUGGACCGAUCCGCCCGGACAUCUCGAGAAGAUCAGGGACCGCCAACGAUCGGGCGUGGAAGUGUGGCCGGUACGGUGUUGACAGAUCAUGAGGCCUCCCAUUCCCUCAUGGCACCCAGCCAUAGGGCAAGUUCUGUCGCCGGGACGAGCCGUACCGUUGGUGGAGGAGUUGAAUCUAGGAGGGGGGGAGACAGUACUUUUUCAAGUCCAGCACCAUCUGUGAGGUCUUUGACGACGACCUUGACUACGAUACAGUCAAUGGCGCCUAACGGGCCUGGGCAAGCUCAGCAUCAUGCUUCACAGCACCAUGGCAACACGCAGUCUAUUCAAUUCACCCAACCGUUCCCCACUACAGGGACGCCAGCAUCGGCCAUCCCGCCCCAUUUGGCGCCAACUGGCAACCCAACGACUUACACGUCUGCAACCGCCAAUAAUUUACUUACAGAUAACGCAUCUAUCCUGACUUUGGCGUCAUCAAGUAAGCGACGACGAAGGCGUUCUCUCGAUACCGAUGCAUCUGUGCGUGCUCUUGCACCUUCAUCACUUUGGGGUGGCAGUCGUGAAAGUUUACCACUUAGUGUUCUGAGUGCGAACAUCGACCCGAUGGGUAUGCCUACUACUCCCGGUAUUCACGGCAACCCUCGAAUGGGAACAGAACGCACGAGCAUUUACUCUGCAACAGGUGUUGGGCCUGCGAUUUCUGGUGAUCGAAACAGCUACUAUGCCAAACAAGGGGACGCUGCAAGUGUUCGAAUGAUGGGUCGGGUGCUGUGGAGUAGCAGCCACUGUGGCGCUAGGCAAGCUCCUGUAGCUCCCCAGCUCAGCGUCCCACCAUCGUCAUCGCACCGCGGCUCAUCUUCUCCAAUUCAAGACAUUCCCGAAUGCUUCAAGAUGGCCAUCUCAUGGAAGUCGUUUGACUUCUUCGACGUCGUCCAAAUAAACAUCGCCGACGACGAAACCCGACAGCUCUUCGAGGGCAGCGAGAUCUCGAGCGUUUGCGCAGGCUCCGAUAGCCUUUUCCUUGGAUCGUUCGAUGGAUAUGUCAGCAUAAUAAACAAGUCAUGGAAGAUUGUCAAGCGCUUCCAGGCUUACGAGGCUGGGAGCAUCACGCAUAUGCGCCAGGUCGAAGGAACAAGUCUUUUGUUGACAGUUGCGGAAGAUAUGAGCAGUGAGCCUGUUCUUAAGGUGUGGGCGCUCGAUAAGCUUGUUAAGAAGACCAACACACCGACAUGUCUGAGCACGGUCAUGAUCAAUAAUAACCGACGGCAAUUUCCCAUAUCUGCGUUUGCGGCUACGGACGAUCUUACACAAAUCGCCGUAGGAUUCACUAACGGCGCAGUUACCGUAAUUCGAGGUGAAUUGGUCCACGAUCUUGGUACGAAGCAACGAAUUGUUUUCGAAUCAGAAGAGCCUAUCACCGGUGUUGAGCUCGCAUGGGAUGCGGUACAAAAGCUCACCACUUUGUUUGUUUCCACGACCUCACGAAUACUGAAGCUCGGUUUAUCCAAAAAGGGCCAUGGAUUACCGCCCAAGACCAUCGAAGAUGCCGGAUGCGCAGUGGGCUGCAUGACGCGUGACCCAAAUACAGACGGUGUCAUUGUUGCGCGCGACGAUGCUAUCUACACAUACACGUUAGACGGUCGAGGGCCACCCAAGGCGUAUGAAUCGCCAAAGAGCAAGAUUGAUGUUUACAAUGAAUAUGUUGCGCUUGCGUGCCCGCCAGCAAGCAGCACUGCGAAAGAUUCUGAGGCAAUGAGGCGACGCUUUGGUAACACUACUACUAAUUCUCUAUUCAAUGCGUCGUCUUUUGUGUUGCUGGAUAUGGAUCUUCGAGUUAUCGGUCAUACAGAGACUUUGAUGUCGCCUGUGGGACACUUUGUUGACAUCUGGGGCGAUUUCUUCACAGUUCUCCAAGAUGGCAAGGUUUACCGGUAUCAUGAGAAAAGUUUGCAGCAACGACUAGAAAUGCUGUAUCAGAGGAACAUGUUUCCUUUGGCUAUCGAGCUGGCGCAAAAGUCUGGGAUGGAUAAUGAGCAGCAAAGCCUUAUUUACCGUCGAUUCGGCGAUCACCUAUACCAAAAAGCCGACUAUGACGGCGCCAUGGUUCAGUAUAUUCGAGCAAUUGAUACGACUGAGCCAUCACAGGUCAUUCGCAAGUACCUCGAUACACAACGCAUUCAUAACCUAAUCCAAUAUCUGGAACAACUCCACGAACAUCGAAAAGCCACUGCGGACCACACAACCCUUCUCCUCAACUGCUAUGCAAAGCUCAAAGACAUCAACAAGCUUGAAAAGUUCAUCAAGUCUCCGGGCGACCUCAAGUUUGAUCUUGAUACAGCAAUUGCAAUGUGCCGACAAGGCGGAUACUACGAGCAGGCUGCAUACCUUGCCAAGAAGCACGGCGAGACUGAUCUUGUGGUGGAUAUCUUGAUAGAGGACUCCAAGAACUAUGUCGAAGCGCUCGACUAUGUUUGGCGUCAGGAUCCUGAUAUCGCAUACCCUUGUCUACAGAAAUACGCCCGAGUGCUCAUUGAGAAUUGUCCUCAAGAUGCUACCAAGUUAUUCGUGGACUACUAUACAGGAAAUUACCGACCUCGGCGCACUAUAACGGUGCAUAACGAGAUUGAUACGCCCACCAGCGGCGGCUUUGCAGCUGGAGCAGCCAGCGCUGUUCAGAACUUGUCCAAUCUGCUGCCUCUACCUUAUAUGAAUACAUCUUCGGUCGCAUCUCCAGGAACAGUCGGAAACACAAGGGCUGUGGUUAGCGACGGAAACAUUAUUGUGGAUAACGACGAUAUACCUGCACCAAAGUAUACCCCUCCUCCCCCAAGAACCGCAUUCUCAUCGUUCAUCGAUCACCCCGACGAGUUUAUCGUCUUCCUCGAAGCAUGUCUCGAAGAAAAGGAGCUCAAGUCGAGCGAUCGAACAGAUCUUUACACUACCCUCUUUGAGAUGUACUUGUACAAGGCAAGCGAAAAGAAAGGACAGGAUCACAAGGAGGAAUGGGAGGCCAAGGCGAAGAAGCUCAUUCAGGGUGAGCACGUGCCAAUGGAGAGCUCGAAUGUUCUACUUCUCUCGCAUCUUGCGGAUUUCCAAGAUGGAACUAUCCUUGUCAAGGAACAGGCAGGACUCCGUUUUGACAUUUUUAGAUCUUACACAUCGGCUAAGGACACACGAGGCGCCAUGAAGGCACUCAGAAAGUACGGUCCUGAGGAACCGCAGUUGUAUCCAGCUGCCCUGGCAUAUCUCACUUCUGACCAAAGGGUACUAGAGGAAGCCGGCCCUGAUGAGUUGGCCAACGUGCUAAACAAGAUCGACAAAGAUGGACUCAUGGCUCCUUUGCAGGUUAUCCAAACACUUGUAGGUCAAUCUUCAGGCGGCGGCGUAGCUACCAUGGGCAUGAUCAAACCAUACCUUCACGAGACAAUCACAAGAGAGCGCAAAGAAAUUGCUACCAACCGCAACCGCAUCAACAAUCUUCGUGGCGAUACAGAAAAGCGCCGCGAAGAGCUUGCAGACCUAGGCUCCAAACCAGCUGUUUUCCAAGCAACCUGGUGCUCAGACUGCAGCCAGCGCCUUGACCUUCCAGCCGUCCACUUCCUCUGCAAACACAGCUUCCACCAACGCUGCGUUCGAAACGGCGGCAACGACGGUGAUGCGGAAUGUCCCAAAUGCGCACCCGAAAACGACAUGAUCCGCAAGAUGCGCGAGGGACAGAAGGAGCGGGCGGGCAAGCAUGAUCUUUUCAAGAUGGACUUGGAGAACAGCGAGGAUAGGUUUAGUACGCUUGCGGAGUGGUUCUCUGGAGGUGUUAUGGAUGGGCAGAGUGCUGAGUGAAUGUUACGAAAUGAGGUGAUGGCGAGAUGCAUGGAGUCUAAAGGAGUUUUGGGUUCUUAUUUGGUCUUUGCCUUGUUUUUAUGAGGCUUUGACAAUUAUACAAUCAAGAUUUAGGCAGAAUGGUCUUAUUUGGUGAAUAUUGUUGUGGACGCUCGUACGUUUGCUGGUGAGUUGGUGACAAAGAGCUUUCAAGAUGCGUCGCUGCCUACGUAAGAAGAGCUUGGACAACUUAAGGAUAAACUUAAGCAAUCUUAUGAUACGUUUAGAGGCCCUCCUGGUAUGCCACAUGACAAACUUGC